AUCGGGGCCAUGUCAGAGCGAGAAGAACGGAGGUUUGUGGAGAUCCCGCGGGAGUCCAUCCGGCUCAUGGCCGAGAGCACAGGCUUGGAGCUGAGUGAUGAGGUGGCAGCUUUGCUAGCAGAGGAUGUGUGCUACCGGCUCCGAGAGGCCACCCAGAACAGCUCUCAGUUCAUGAAGCACACCAGACGGCGGAAGCUGACUGUCGAGGAUUUUAACAGGGCCCUCAGGUGGAGCAGCGUGGAGGCUGUUUGUGGUUACGGAUCCCAGGAGGCUCUGCCCCUGCGCCCCGCCAGGGAGGGUGAGCUCUUCUUUCCUGAGGACCGAGAGGUGAACCUGGUGGAGCUGGCCCUGGCCACCAACAUCCCCAAAGGCUGUGCUGAAACGGUUGUGAGAGUUCACGUCUCCUACCUAGAUGGCAAAGGGAACCUGGCACCUCAGGGAUCAGUGCCCAGUGCCGUGUCGUCACUCACGGAUGACCUUCUCAAGUACUACCAGCAGGUCACUCGAGCUGUGCUCGGGGAUGACCCGCAGCUCAUGAAGAUUGCUCUUCAGGACCUGCAGACCAACUCUAAGAUUGCAGCGCUUUUGCCCUAUUUCGUGUAUGUGGUCAGUGGGGUGAAGUCUGUAAGCCAUGACUUGGAGCAGCUGCACCGGCUGCUGCAGGUGGCCCGGAGCCUGGUUCGGAACCCACACCUCUGCCUGGGACCCUAUGUCCGCUCCUUGGUGGGCAGUGUCCUCUACUGUGUCCUGGAGCCACUGGCUGCCUCCAUCAACCCUCUCAAUGACCACUGGACUCUGCGGGACGGGGCCGCCCUGCUGCUUAGCCAUAUCUUCUGGACUCAUGGCGACCUCAUAAGUGGCCUCUACCAGCAUAUCCUGCUCUCCCUGCAGAAGGUCCUGGCUGACCCUGUGCGACCUCUGUGCUCUCACUAUGGGGCAGUGGUGGGGCUGCAUGCCCUCGGCUGGAAGGCUGUAGAGCGGGUCCUGUACCCACACCUGUCCACCUACUGGACAAACUUGCAGGCGGUGCUAGAUGACUACUCGGUGUCCAAUGCGCAGGUCAAAGCGGACGGGCACAAGGUCUAUGGAGCCAUUCUGGUGGCCGUCGAACGACUGCUGAAGAUGAAGGCGCAGGCUGCAGAGUCCAGUAGGGGCGGCCCCGGGGCGCGGGGGUGCCGGCGCCCCGACGACCUGCCCUGGGACAGCCUCCUGCUGCAGGAGUCGCCGCCGGGAAGCAGCGCGGAGCCCGGCUUCGGGUCCGGGCUGCUGCUGCCGCCGGGGAGCGUGGGCCCGGAGGAUCCCGCCCCGGCGGUGACCCUGGCGGACAUCUACCGGGAGCUCUACGCCUUCUUCGGGGACAGUCUGGCCACCCGCUUCGGCACCGGCCAGCCCGCGCCCACGGCCCCGCGGCCGCCGGGGGACAAGAAGGAGCCGGCGGCCGCCACGGACUCGGUGCGGAAGAUGCCGCAGCUCACGGCGGGGCGGCGCUGCCGCGGGCGCCUCUUCCAGACGGCCUUCCCCGCGCCGCACGGGCCCAGCCCGGCCUCGCGCUACGUGCAGAAGCUGCCGAUGAUCGGCCGCACCGGCCGCCCGGCCCGCCGCUGGGCGCUGGCCGACUACUCGCUCUACCUACCACUCUAA